UUCCUCCCUCUUCGCCAACCACAUCCCCUUCCCCCCCCCCCCCCCAUCCCUUCCCCCAUCUUUACUGCCCGCACUUCGGGCCCCACCCAAUCUUUUUUUUCUCGUAACUCGACCUCUCCUCCUUUCUUCCCCAUCAUUUUACCCCAUCACAUACGGGUGUGUGGUGGCGGCAAAAUUUUUUCUUCUCCCCUUUCCUUCCCCCCUCAUUUCCCCCCAUCAUUUUCUUCUUCUCAUUCACUCCCCGCCAAACCCUUUUAUUUUCUUAUUUUUUUUCUUCACAUUUUUCCGCCCCCGUUUUCUUCCUAUUUUUUCUUUUAUUCUUCCUCUUCCUCCCUAUUAUUCGCCCAACCAUCCAUCCCCCCUCUCCAUAACCACUCGUCCAGUCAACAAUGAGAGAGCCCCCAUUUUCCCCAAAUGCCCUUUUCUUCUUUUUGUUGUUUCCUCAUCCGCAUUUUGCUCCUCGCCUUCCUUCUGCUUUUCUUUUUUUUUCCCCAACUUUCCCCCUUCCCCUCAUCACCAACAUCCUUUUUCUAGUGAAGAGAGUCAUUUCGGGCAUUUCGGGACAGUGGACGACCAGAACAAAAAUAGUCAAAACGAAUGGAAUCCCCCCCUCUUCUCCCCCCUCUUCACCGUCACUUUUUUUUACUCUUUUUAGGUCCUCCACCCUUCUCUUCACCUCCUUUUUGCCUUAUUUUUCCAUUCAAACCUUCAAUCUUCUUUCCCCCCCUUCCCACUUCUUCCCCCUCCCCAUUUUCUUCCAAAAAGCUCGCCAUAUCCCUUUUGACACUUUUACUCCUAACUACUUUAUUUUCCUCCUUCCCGCGCCCAUUUUCAUUCUUCUCAACAUUUUUCUCCGUUUUUCUUUUAUUUUAUAAAUACACUAUCUGUCCGUUUGCUCAAAUCUAAAAAUCAUCUAAAAUUUUUUUUUGAUCAUGAACAUUUUUGGAUUACUGUUUUUGUCUGUUUCAAGCCUUUUUCUCUUUGGAAGCCUUCCUUUUUUUCGUUAAAAAAUUUUUUAACUGGGUGGCCCUUCCAUUAGAGACGUCCAAGACCGAGAAUUUUCCAAGACUCGA